CGGCGUAUGAGAUAAGUUAUGACGUCAGUCGUAACCAGCUGAGGCUCUGGAGACGUCUGCACAGUCUCAAACCAGUGCCGACUGUGCACGUGCGCUGCAGCGAGAGGGCAAGUGCGAGCCGGUGGGUUAUAUAAAGGUUCCAGGAAAAGAAAAUCGAAAUUAGGAUCUAUCAUGUCUGUGGUGCAGAACGGCGAAGAAGCACCUACUUCGUAUUUCAUCGGGAAGAAAGAAGACAUCAUAAAGGCUAAGCGAGUGUUGAAGUUUAUGAACGGAAGGGAUGUCCUUGUUAUCUACCACGAGGGGAAAUUUUAUGCCAUGGACGCGCAUUGCUAUCAUGCUGGAAGCUCGUUAGAGAAUGGAGACAUUGAGGAGAUCAAUUACAAACUGUGCAUAGUGUGCCCGUCACACAAGUACAAGAUCACGCUAGCAGAGGGGGAGGGGCUGUACAAAGCCAGAGACCCCAAAGAGAAGAACCCCACCCCCUGCUGGUUCUCCAAGGGCAUAAAGCAGAGGGUUCACACCGUGCUGGAGGUGGACGGGGACAUCUACGUCAGGAUGUCGGAAGAGCGCGGGUGGAUCGAGUCCGACUACUAUCAGAGCGAGAAGCAACGGCAAGAGCGGCAAAAAUGCGCUGAGAUAUGCGCUGUGGAUGAGGGAGAGAGCUGAGUGAGAGCCCACCUUCUACAACACACACACACCAACACACACACACCAACACGCACACGCACCCACACACACACACCCACACACACCCACACACCCAUACACACACACACACACACACACACACACAUACAAACACACACGCACACGCACACACACACACACACACACACAUUUACACUCGCACACACGCACAUACACACACACACACACACACACACACACACACGCACAUGCACACACACACACCCAUACACACACACACACACACACACGCACACACACACGCACACACACACACACACCCAUACACACACACACACCCACACAAACGCGGACACACACACACACACACACACAUAAACACACAAACAUUUACACUCGUACACACGCACAUACACACACACACAUGCACUCGUAUACAUACACACACAAACACACACACACACACAAACUCACACAGAGGCACACACACACACACUCGUAUACAUACACACACAAACACACACACACACAUACACACCACCACCAGGUCUGGUUCUUCCCUGAAGAAGAAGGGUUCAAAUGAAGUGAGCUUACCGGCCAGGUCUAGAUGUUUGUUGCUGGGGGGUGCUACCCUUGGGGUUCUGUUAGUUUGCUGGUCCAACCUCUGAUUAAAACACCAGAGAAUUAACAUGAGCAAAAUACGAUAUUCUAACUGUCCAAACAUGGAAACUUACAGUCAGUGAGCCUCAUGACUGUAUUAUCUGUGCCAUUCUGGUGGCUGUGUCUGUAUGAACUGUGCCCCUGUCUUGGUCUUUUGAAUGAAGUCCUCACUGUGCAUGUGCUUGAUAAGUUUAAUAUUUGACGAGAGGGAGUUUGUGUACAUGUGUGUUUUGGGAUAAGAGGCUUCACACCUAUGAUUUUACCCAUGUCUUUCUCUUGUUCAGUGUGUUGUAAAAAAAAACCUCUGCUAAUGUCUCAAAUGGUUUAAAAAUGAAGUUUUUGCAGUUUUAAGGAAUCUCAUUAUUUUUUUACUUUGUCAUGGUCAGGGAUGCAUGGCAGUAUCCCAGAAAAGUUUUUUUUUUUUUUCCAGAUGAACCAAAAUUUGGAGGAAGUGACCUAUGCAUACAUAUAAUGUUUACAUCGAUAGAAAUUCGGAACUUUGAAAAUUUGAAUAGCUCCUGUCUUCUCAAUGCGUGAUGGAAUAUGUUUUUUAAUUUCACAGCACAUGAGCUUUCAUACCUCACUUCAGAGAGAAUGAGUGUGCAUUUCUCUUACUGCCUGCUCUGUUUGCUACACCCUUGUUAAUUAUCACAAGCAGUUGACAAAGACAGGAAGUCAGAAGGGCGGAGGGAUCUUGUGUCUUGCAUCCUUGUUGACUGAUUAAUUUGGGUUUUCCUAGAAGCAGAAAG